AUGCCUAAACUUGGAGACAGCAUUUGGGUCUCCAAGGUUGGCUACAGGUGUAUCACUCUCUGUUGCGGUGUGGAUCUGAACGAUCAAGGUUCAGUUUACGGUGGACAUGCACCACGGACAUUUGUUGCUGUGCGCCAGCCACGCAUCUAUGCAGCCGACAUGGUAACUGUGCUUACAGCGGAGCAUACGCAACCGGUCCUCAGGCUGGAGGUCCUCCAGGCAGAUCCUGCAGACGGUCGCGUUGUCCUCCUUCAUAUCCCGGUAGAGAAUGACGGGCAGCUUAUCAACUUCCGCCUUGCUGGCAGGCUUGCGUGUGUUCCUGGUUGGGGUGGGGGGGAAGCAGUGGUAGAAGAUUGCGAAGGUGAACGCCACGCGCAUCGUAAUGAUGGAGAAGACGUAUACCAUUAUGCCGUUCAAUAA